AAAUAGCUCUUAUUUGUACUCUAGACUUGCAGAGUUAUUAUGUCUUAGCUUGUUUCUUCCUAAAUGUGUUUCUCUGAAGGAUUUAUUCCAACACAGCUGCUGCUUGAAGUUUAUUUUGUGGCCUUUUGGUAUUUUGUGUUAUUUAGUGCCUUAAUCCUCUCACCACUGCUUUUUUUUUGGUUGUAUGUACUCUUUUUCAGUCCACUAACGGAGCGGAAAGCAUGAAGCGAACUUUGAGGAAACUCAAACUCCGGGUGGCUGUAGUUGGAGCAGGAGCAGCGGGUUUAUGUGCCGCACGUCACGUCCUGUGCCGACCUGAAGUGUUUGAUGAGCCGGUGGUGUACGAGCUUAGUGACCGGGUGGGCGGAACCUGGUGCUAUGAUGAGCUGGUGGACAUGGUCGAGGAUGGCCGCCCGAUCCACAGCAGCAUGUAUAGAGACCUCAGGACCAACCUGCCUAAAGAGAUUAUGAUGUUUCCUGAUUUUCCAUUUGACUCUGACUUGCCCUCUUUUAUCUCCCACUGGGAUGUUCAGGCGUAUUUGGAGAGAUACUGCAUGAGUCAUGGCAUCACGCCACACAUAAAGUUCAACACCAUGGUGGAAGAGGUGAAGCCUAUCUCCAUGGAGACAGAGAAAGGGGGAGCCAUGAAGUGGAAGGUAAUUUCGCGUGGCACGCACGAAGGACAGAACAUACAGAUGUUCGACUCUGUGUUCAUCUGCGUUGGUCAUUACUCAGCUCCCCAUUUGCCCUCCAUUCCAGGAAUAAAGCAUUUUAAAGGAAAGGUGAUGCACAGCCACUUUUAUCGUUGCCCAGAGCCGUUUGCCUACCAGUCCGUUGUGGUCCUUGGUGCUGGAGCAUCUGGAAUCGACAUCUCGUUUGAGCUGGCUCAAGCGAAAGCUCAGGUGAUCCUAAGCCAUAAUAAGCCAGCACUGCCAUUUUCCUUGCCUUCAGGAAUCAAGCAGGCACCUCCUGUGAUGAAGGUGCUGAACGAUGGGUCUCUGUUGUUCCAGGAUGGCUCGGUGGCCAAACCUGAGGUUCUUCUGCUUUGCACUGGCUACAGUUACCACUUUCCAUUCCUUUGCCCAAAAGAGCUUGGCUUGGAGGUACAGCACCACCUAGUGGCUCCUCUUUAUGAGUACCUGCUGCCUCCAGCUUUUCCUUCGCUCUUCGUGAUAGGCAUGUGCAAAAUCAUUUGCCCUUUUCUUCAUUUCCAUUAUCAGGUCCAGUUUGCUCUUGCAGUUCUUGACGCCACAGUGCAGCUGCCCUCACGUAAGGUCAUGGAGGAAGAGGCCGAAAAAGAGAGACAAAGAAAAAUACAGAAGGGUGUUCAAGACAAACACCUCUUACAAAUGGACUCUGAUCAGUGGGAUUACUACAUAAACUUAGCAAAUACUGCAGGAAUUUCACCCCCAAACCCAGUUAUACAAAGUCUCUAUGAGGAAGUAGGGAGACAGCGGCGAGCAGAUCCUCAAGCUUACAGAGAAAUAAAUUACAGGCUGGUUGAUUCCACAACAUGGCAACUUCUUAAAGCACCUUGUGUAUGAACUGAUGGUGUUAG